AUGGAUGUGUUCAGUGGCCACUCCAGUGUUGCCAUCAUGUCCCUGAGCUCUGAGUCAUGCUUGGAGGAGGAGUUGGUGGUCACAGCUGCUUGCUUGGAGCAGAGAGAGCAGAGGGACCAGAGGGAGCUGAGGGAGCAGCCCCACAGCGGGGGCCUGUGUCUGGACGACAGCCUCACCAGCCUCCAGUGGCUCCAAGAGUUCUCCAUCCUGGGCCCGAGCCGGCAGCAGUCGCCCUUGUUUGGGCACGUGGCAGCCGGGUGCCACCUGGACGCACCCUCCUCUCCUCUGGCAGGAGACCCGGCCUGUGCAGGGACCCCUCUGACCCCAGGCAAGCCCACGGCCGCCGCCCACUCUCGGGUGCCUCUGCCUGGGAUAGUGGCUGUGGGACACUGCCCUGAUGACGUGGACUAUCAAACAAACCCGUACGUGAAGCCGCCGUACUCCUACGCAACGCUCAUCUGCAUGGCCAUGCACGCCAGCAAGAAGAGCAAGAUCACCCUGUCCUCCAUCUACACCUGGAUCACCGACAACUUCUGCUACUACCGCCACGCUGACCCCACCUGGCAGAACUCCAUCCGUCACAAUCUGUCCCUGAACAAAUGCUUCAUCAAAGUCCCACGGCAGAAGGAUGAGCCGGGAAAAGGUGGUUUCUGGAGAAUUGACCCUCAAUAUGCCGAGCGCCUUCUGAGCGGAGCCUACAAGAAGCGCCGUCCUCCUCCGGUCCAGAUCAACCCUGCGCUACAGAACCGGCUUCGGCUAACACUACCGCCACCCUGCCUCAGCGCAAACACGGCUAACGCAGCUAACAUGGCUAACACGGCUAAUGGCAGAGCUAACCUGAGCGUUAGCCUUGAGUCGCACCUGCUGCUCAGACAGUUUGAAGAGGCCAUUGGAGCUGACCAGAACUACGACCCACGUUUGGGCGAGGGGACGAUGCUCGGGUCUUGGCCUGACGAACGCGGGCGGCGAAAGAGGAAGCUAGCAUCGAAAAACCGCAGCAAAAAACUCCAGAAGAGAUCGAGCUCACCUCUACUGUCCACCGAGGAGCCCAGACACCUCGGCCCGCUCAAGGGAGACUUCGACUGGGACGCCAUCCUGGACUCAGCCCUGAGCGGAGAGCUGAGCCUGGAGGAGGGGGGCGAGCCACUGAGCCCGACCCAGGACGAGCUCACCGUGAGGGGGACGCACAUCUGCCCCAUCGAGGUGGAGGUGGAAGCGGGGCCCGGCGAUAUGCACAUCCUUGUGGAGACGCAGAGGGGACGAGACAUCGACGAGGAAACGUUUUUGGCUACGGCGUUUUUAGAGGAGCCGUGGUCGGAGGCAGAGGAGCACAGACAGGCGGACUUUCUGAGCACGUCCUCAGUGAAUCUGGAGCAGCUGUUUGACCUGGGAGGAGCUCUGAGCGGGGACAGUGUGAGAAUGGACGGUCUGCUCUGAGGGACAGGAGCAGGCAGGUGCAGA